AUGACGAAACGAGAACGCCGCCACCGCAGUCCAACUGCCACGGUGCCGCACGCGGAUGCCGUUGCCAUCAGCAACAAGGGCUCAAGCGGGGGGGAAGAGGCGUGGACGGCCAUGGAACAUCAGCUGGACCUUUUUGAGCCGCUGCUGCGGCACUACAUCGCUCUCGUGGCGUCCACACCGGACACUGCCCCUGGCGAUGAUGGUGACGAUGGCGCCCAAGCCACGCAUAGUGGGAAUCCGACUGGCCACGGCGCAUUGAACGGGAAGGGGGCAAAGGUCGUUACACAGCACUCACCGCAGGAACAGCAGGGUCCCACUGAGGCUGUCUCACACAAACGGUGUGAGUUGCUGCGGUCUUUUGUGUUUCCUGCCACCGUCAGCAGUUACCUUCGCCGCGUGUCACUGCUACCGGGGGAGCAGACCUACGGAGGUGAGGUGAAGCGACGCCGUCCAGAGGCUUCGCCCCCCCGGGAGGAGAGUGAGUCAAAGUUGCUUGAGAAACUCCGCAGCAUUGCGGAGGCGCAACUUCCACCUUUCGCUGACGACAGUGAGUUCAUCGCAGCGCACGAGAGCCGGUACGUGUGGAGGGAGUCAGCCUUCUUUAACUCCAGUUUCCGCAAUGACAGCGCGCAGCUGCUUCAGCUGAUAACGAAGGCAAAGUUGGACGUCUUCCUGCACUGUCGCCCCUGCCAAAUGGCGGCGAUCGACCUCUACACCCAACACAUUGCCACCCGACUGCAGAAGAUGCGAAUCUCACCCCGUGUGGUUCGCGUGGCACAAAAACUGCAGCUUGAGCAGCACGAGCUGGAGACGCUGACGUACGUGCUCGUGUGCCACUGCGGCUCGGCGUGGCCGCUGCACUGCGGCGGUAGCGGCUCCCUGAUUCCCGCUGCCCUCGCGCUUCACAACAACCUGAGCUCAUUUCAGCUGAUGCACUUCCUUGCCGACUACCGCGAGCACGUGAAGCAGGGCAUGCUGACGUCCGACAUCAAGUUCAAGAACAGCUUUAUGGACUGCAGGCUGGCGAUGCCGCAGGAGGUUAUUGCGGCGCUCGCGGGUGACAGUCUAUCGGAGGAACAGUUGAUUCGGCUAGAGAAAACAGCUUUGGCGGAGGUUCUCAUGGCGGAGCGCGCGGAUGCCGCGACGACACCAAUAACCACCACCACCGCAACGGGGGCGCUGGCAACAGUCAGUGCAACGGCCGUCGACAAGACGGAGGCAUUGCACCACACGGACGCAGAGGACGGCGAAGAGGAGGCGUCGCACUGUAGCAGUGGUGGAAGCACACCCAAUCUGGAGGCGCUUGGCGUUGACGCGGCCCCGCUGCAAGGCGACGACGAGAACGCCAUCGAGACGGCCCUGACCGAGCGACUGCAGACGUUACCGCUGAAUCUCCAACAACUGCAGCAGGGCAGUGGGGUAAGUGGACGCAACUGCAGCGUCGCCUCAUUGAAUUCCUGUGUUGUGGCAGGGUCCGUGCUCCAUGCGCCGUAUGUAAAUGAUAUUGAGUACAUGGACGAGUCCUUCAAGCUGCUCUCCAAUGUUGUGCGCCUUCGUGGGGCGGAGAGUGACAUAAAAGAUGAGGAGGAUGCGAUGUUUACACCAAAGACGAAGGUGGAGGCGAUGAUUCGGGAACUUCGGGGUAGAGUGCGCGUGGCCACGGCGAUUCACCGCUCCCGCACCGAGGCAACGCUGAAGGCUGGAAAAUUUCUUCCACGUAUUGAGGCGCUGUCGCAGCGACUGCAGCUCUCUGACCUUGAAAAGCGUAUUAUGUUGUUGCUCGUUGGAAACGUCGUGUCGCAUGACAUACUUAUAGCUGUUAACGGCCGCUACGUUAUGCGGGAGGGGCAACGGGUGCUGACAGUUGGCUACAUUCUCUUCGUUCUUUGUGAGACGCUUAAGGAGCGAGUGGCAGCCCGCAAGUCGUUUUAUCAGUCGGGACCGCUUCUCGCGAACAGCGUGUUGUCCCUCUCGCUGGACGGCGGCAAUGGCCGCACCUGCUUUAACACUGACCUUAUGGACUACGUAGUCGACAUUGAUCGCAAGAUUGUCGACUACCUCAUGGGCACGGAGACGGAGACGGCAGAGAUGGUGCCGGGGUCCCAGCUGUACAUGCCGGUGGUGCCCAUGGAGAACGUUGUGCUUCCAAAGUGCACCACAGAGAUGGUGGUUACGAUGAUUCAGCACUACAGCCUGUUUGAGCAGUGCAAGCGUGUCUGUGGGUUUGACGAGGGACUCGGCACGAGCACGAGUGGGCUGGUGUUCCUCUUCUACGGCCCUAGCGGUACCGGCAAGACGAUGCUGGCAAAUGCGGUCGCCCACGAGCUCAAAAAGCGUAUUCUUCUUGUCAACCUUCUGCAGUUUAAAAGUGAUGCCAAGGCGCCAGAGAUGCUGCGCUUCAUUUUCCGUGAGGCGAAGUUAAACGACGCGAUGGUGUUCUUUGACGAGUGCGAGGCAAUCUUCGAGUCCCGUGAGGCCAACCCGCUCGUCACAUCCAUCCUCGCUGAGUUCGAGAAGUACGACGGUCUCAUUGUGCUGGCGACCAACAAGGCGCAGCUGAUUGACGAGGCGAUGAAUCGCCGCAUCUCACUCAUGGUGGAGUUCCGCCUCCCUGAUCAGCACAUGCGGGAACAAAUUUGGCGCGCCCACCUUCCACGCAAUCUUGUACUCCACGAGGACGUCUCUAUCCCUACCCUGGCGCUCAAUUACGAACUUUCGGGCGGCCUCAUCCGCAACGCGACACUGGCCGCCCUCAGCAAGGCGGUCGCGCGGGAGAGGACGGUGACACCCACGCUGUGCAUGCGCGACCUUGAGGAGGGCGCACGACUGCAGCUGCGUGGGUUUUUUCUCGCCGCGGAGAAGCCACCAGGCGCCUCCACGGAGUCGUACAUUACGCCGAAACGGUCGCUUGCCGAUCUCGUGGUGGAGCGGCAAACGCGGCAGCAACUCGAUGCCGUCGCACGGUAUUCUAAGAGCCGUAGCACACUCUUUUCACAGUGGGGAUUCAGUGAGGACGCCUGCGUGGAUCAGGGGGCGCUGUACCUCUUCUACGGUCCCAGUGGAACUGGAAAGAGCCUCGCCGCGGAGGGCAUCGCGUACGAAUGUGCUGCAACGAUACGCCUCUGCAACGUUGCCGAACUGAUGCUAGUUGCGGGCCUGAAGGUGCAUGAAGUGUUCGCCGAGGGACGUAAACUCGGCGCCAUCAUCGUCUUUGAUGAGGCUCAGGUGCUGUUCAACCACUCGGAGCAGAGCCUGCAUGUGGCGAAGCUUAUCCACUACCACGCCAUGCGCUACCCACGCCCGGUGCUCUUCAUCGCGACGACGGGAACGGCGGGAAUGUCAACCAUUGACGUACGUGCGACGCCGCUGAUAUUCCAGCAGGAAAUCCCUUUUCGCAUGCCAACGCAGCGGCUCCGACGCGAACUUUGGCAGCACGCGUUGCCAGAGCGGAUGCCCGUUGCCGACGACAUUGACCUUGACGAGCUCAGUAAGGCGCCUGUGUCGGCGAAGGCCAUCCACGCGGCGGCGUUUGGCGCCUGCUGCAGAGUGGCCAUGCUGAGCAACGAGGAACGGCGACUGACAAUGCAGAUGCUUCGUGACGAGCUGGAGAGCAUGCGAGUCAAGGAGAAGGACUGUCACCCGCAUAGCUUAAUGUUCGCCUAA